UCUUUAAUGAUUUCACUUUUCCCCUAGUAAAUUCCUCAUCUAUGCCUGCCUGCUGCUGUUCUCUGUGCUGCUGGCCCUUCGUUUGGAUGGCAUCAUUCAGUGGAGUUACUGGGCCGUCUUUGCUCCAAUAUGGCUGUGGAAGUUGAUGGUCAUUGUUGGAGCCUCAGUUGGAACGGGAGUCUGGGCACGAAAUCCUCAAUAUCGAGCAGAAGGAGAAACGUGUGUGGAAUUUAAGGCCAUGCUGAUUGCAGUGGGCAUCCACUUGCUUCUGCUAAUGUUUGAAGUUCUGGUCUGUGACAGAAUCGAGAGAGGAAGCCACUUCUGGCUUCUGGUCUUCAUGCCACUGUUCUUUGUUUCCCCGGUGUCUGUUGCUGCUUGCGUUUGGGGCUUUCGACAUGACAGGUCCCUAGAGGUGAGAUUUCAUAUAUUUAAGAAAGUUUUCAAAAGUCACACAUGUUG